AUGGUUGACGCACCGCCCAAUCCGACGCACAUGCUUCUUUUCGCAGCCGGCUUCAACGCCUGUGGCCAACUCUCCUUUGACUCCAACUCGGAUCGGCACGAGCCAGAUGACUUGUUCUGCUUUGCAAAAGUACUUGAGGCCGAGCGCAUCGAACGCCCCGUGGCCCGACUCUCCUACACCCAAGUGCGGAUAGAUGGCCGGCUGUGCAUUGCCGGCAUCGGCCCGCGAGACAGUCGGAUCCAUAGUCUUGCUCACUUUUUUGCUGAGGCGGCCAACGGCGAGGUCCUCAUGGUCCAAGACGACGACGUCUCCGUCUGUGAUGGACAAGGCCGUCGUCAACCCGGGAAGCUUCUUGUCAAGUACUCUUGCAUGGAGAGAGUGAGAGCUUGCGACCCUCUUAAAUCGUGGCCGUUGAAGGGCGCUGCCGUCAGUACUAUUGCAGCUUUUGCUGCUGGUUUCGCCAUCCUCUACCAGGACGGCACCGUCGCCACAAUGGGCGAUGCGCGCUUCCAGGACUGCCUAGGGCGCGACGUGUCCGACGAGGCGCCUGCAGACCAGCCCGGCAUAGUACUCGACCUCGCUGACCUCGAGGAACCAAUCAAGCAUGUGUCAGCUGGAGGCUACACCAUUGCUGCGUUGACGGAGAGCGGCGGCAUCUAUCUCUGGGGCAUGUCACCGCAUCGAGCAGAGUCUCGCAAGAGACCCUUUCUAGCCCUCAGCCGAGUCCCCAACUAUAUCGAGGUAGAUGACGGCAAGGAUGUCAAGGAUAUGGCAGUUGGUGACUUGCACGUGCUAGCCUUGACCACGGACGGGUCCAUAUACGCCCUUGGCGACAAUAGGAAUGGACAAACUGGACUGGGAAAGUCUGCUGGGCACGGAGUCCAAGAUUGGACAAAAGUCGAUUUCCAUGUGCCUAGUGGACAAAAGGCGAUCGCUGUUGCAGCAGGACCCCGGUCGUCCUUUAUCUUGACAGCUCCCGUGCCGGCCUGA